CCCACCAUUGAAUGGUUCUGGGCCACCAUCUUCCUCUCUCUUUGCUUACAAAUACAAUUAGGGAACUUUGAUUUGGCUGCAGCGCCCACAAAACCCUUAUCCACCAAUCAUAACUAAACACCUUUGACCCCUUUUCACUCUCUCCCUUCUCUGCCUAUCUCUGUUUCAUAGAUCCUCUCUUGGCUCUUGCAAGGAGCUGGCAUUUUUGUAUUCACUUCCUUUUACCCAUCUGCUUUGCCUUUUCUUUUUUUAGGCCUUUAGCCCAAAAGCUUAGCAAAGCUUGCCACUUUCAUCACUUGAAUUCUCUGUUUUUCUCAAUUGGGGCUUUCUCCUUUCCAUGGGUUUUUAAGAAUCUCUCUCUGUGUCUUCUCUUUUUCUUUUUGUGUACAAAAUUUAUGCCUUGAAUUGAUUAUGGGUUCAAAGUUGUAAAAUUUAUGGCUCUGUUUUGCUUGCCUUGUGGAAUUUGGUAUCUAUUUCUUUCACAUGGUGUUGGGUUUUUGAUUAAUUAUUGAACGUUUAUCUAGGGUUUUUACCAUUAAAAGUCGAUGAUUAAGAUCUGGUUUCCUUUCUGUUAUUGCUUCUGGAAUUGUCCUUGGGUUUUGGAAAGUUGAGACUUUUUUCAGAUUCCUCAAUUUGUUCUUACGUGAAAAAGUUACCCAGAUUCUUUUCAAAUGCUUAUUGAUUUGAUGACUCUUUGGUCAUAAAAUUCUCCACUUCUCUCUGCUGCAUUUCCCAUCUGUAGUUUCUCUCUCUUUGAAUUCUCCUUUCUUUUUUUGUAUAAAUUUAUUUCUAUCCUAUUUAUUAUUGUACAGUGAUUAGACUAUGAAUCCUGGAAGUGAAAUCCUCUCUCCAGCUUCUUAUCUUGCGAAUUCCAACUGGUUAUUUCAAGAAACCAGAGGAACCAAAUGGACCCAUGAAGAGAACAAGCAGUUUGAGAAUGCUCUGGCUUUAUACGAUAAGGAUGAGCCUGAUAGAUGGCAAAAAGUUGCAGCCAUGAUCCCAGGCAAGACAGUAGGAGACGUAAUCAAACAGUAUAGAGAAUUGGAGGAAGAUGUCUUCGAUAUAGAGGCAGGCCUCAUCCCAAUUCCUGGAUAUAUUAGCAGUGAUUCCUUUACUUUGGAUUGUGUGAAUAAUGACCAGGGAUACGAUUCUUUCAAACAGUAUUACACUCCCGGAGGCAAGAGAACCGCCGCAACCAGGUCUCGUGAGCCGGGAAGGAAGAAAGGUGUGCCGUGGACGGAGGAGGAGCAUAGGCAGUUUCUGAUAGGCCUUGAAAAGCAUGGUAAAGGGGACUGGAGAAAUAUUUCUCGCGACUUCGUGACCACUAGGACGCCAACUCAAGUGGCUAGCCAUGCUCAGAAGUAUUUUAUCAGGCAGAGCACAGAAGGAAAGGAUAAGCGGAGAUCAAGCAUCCAUGAUAUUACUAUUGUCAAUCUUCUUCCAGAUGUCAAGUCUUCUUCAGCUGAUGAGAAGAAAUCAUCUCCAAAUCAUUCUAUCUCAAGUCUACAAUCACAGCCACAACCAAAAAUAGUUGGCAUACGCAAAGGAUUGGCAGAUAUGAAGCUACAGAAUGAAGGAGAAGAUGGAGCUGGUGUUUUUAGCCAAGCAAAUGGCAAUUUGUUAAUGCCACCUUUCUGUGAGAUAUCAUCAUAUGGGCAAAAACUACAGGAGCAUAAUCUCCUCAAAGAAACUCUUCCAGGAUACCAUUUUCCACCUUACAAUUUGAUUUCCCAGCAACCGAUGAAACGUCAGUGAGCUUGGAUGUUUUGUCUGCACUCUAUUAUGAGAUAUUUGUGAAUAUAUUCAUCAGAUCUCCUGAUACUCCAUAGUUGUUAGACUAUUUUUACAGAAUUGUGGGUUAGUUUAUGUGGUGAUUUUAUAUUGAAAUCUGAAUCUUUGAACCUCAA